AAAAGUGUAACAAAAUAUAAUUUUGUUUACGAUUGAGGAAAGAAAGGUCUUCGUGAUUUUCAGCCGCUGAUAUGUCUGUCAGAAAAGAAGUAUUCCAGUCCAAGGUCCUGCAUAGAUUGUAUCCUGCAUCCCAAGAGCAGAGUGUACUGCAACCUGUUGCCCAGGAGCAGAGCAUACUUGUACCUGUGCCACCUGUGGAAAUCCCUCAAUACAUCCCACCCAAAAAGCCAGGUGAUGAGAAAAGUACAGCUGUACCAGGCAAAAAGCUCUACACUGUACUUUCUCCUCCUCAAGGCUACCUGAUCACUAGCGGGGAUGAUCCUGUCACACUGUCCAAUCCAGAUUCCAUUGACUCUGAGAACAGCCCAGUCGACGCAGAUGACCAUGAUUUACAUAAGAAGAGGAAAAGGAGGAGAAAGAAAAAAGUGUCUCCCAUUAUUUCAGCCAAGGUAUCCACCCCUCCAGCAGAGGGCGCUGUACAGGGCCAGACAGAUGCUGUACAUCCCAGCGAUGAAGGGGACACUGGAAGCUCAUUGAGCAUAGAGCGGCUCAGCAAAAACAGAAAGAGGAAGAUGAAGAAAAAACGGCACAAAGAGAAACUCAUCGCUCUUGGACUGGUGCCUCAUGUGAGAGCUGUUGAGUUCACAUACGCACAGAGUGGACAUGGAAAUUCAGAGGAGGUGCUCAACUUCCUUCGUACCACACAGGAGAUCUACCUGUCUGAUCGCAAGUCCUCUGGCUCCUGUGUAGAAAGUGGACAUGCUCUCUCCCUCACUGCAGCUGAGACUCUGUUCUCUCGUCUGUCUGGUAGGACGCUGCCUCCUGCUGAGAUCUCCAGGCUGUGUGGACUCAGGGCUCUAUUGGUGAAUAAUGAAGACCAGUUAAAAUCACAGCUACAAGAAUUCAGGGACACAAGCACAUUGCCUGCAGAUGAGGUUUCAGUGGUAUGUGCUCUUAUUGAGUAUUGGCUGACAGAGAUUCUGCCCAUACAGAGACAGCAGAAGACAUGACGUCCCCAGAUUCAGAGCCCAAGAGGAUAGCGACUGUGAAUAACCAGCAGGUCUCUGAUUGUAAUAUCUCGUCAGUCAUGCUGUUUUAUAGUCAAG